ACGACAUGCAACAACACUUCCUUGGCUUUGCUAACUACUACAACAGGUUCGUGCCGCAAUACGCGAAGAUCGCCACGCCACUCACAAAUCUGCUAAAGAAGAACACGCCCUACAAAUGGGAGCCACAACACCAGGAAGCCGUGGAGCAGCUGAAACAAGCACUCACGUCCGCACCCGUAUUCAUCUUGCCAGACCCCGAACGCGACUACGUUAUCGAAGCUGACGCCAGCGACCAGGCAGUGGGAGCAGUCUUGAUGCAAGACCAGGGGAAUGGCCUGCAACCAAUUGCCUACCUCAGCAAAAAAAUACACGGGGCAGAACUCAACUACCCGAUAUACGACAAGGAGACCCUUGCUAUCAUUAUCGCCUUCAAAACGUGGAGAUGCCAUCUCGAAGGACGCAAGACGACAUUCUACACCGACCAUUGCAGCCUAAAAUAUUUGAAGACACAACCAAGCCUCUCCAGGCUGCAGGUCCGGUGGAUUGACUUCCUCGAGACACACUUUCGCUACGACAUCGUGUACAAGCACGGCCACAAAAACAAAGCAGAUGCGCUUAGCCGGCCUGCACACGUUGCUCGACAUCUGCUACAGUGGGACAAUGACAUCGCGUACCGAAAAGGAUCAAUGAAGAUCUGGGUACCUAAUUACCCUACAUUGUGCCAGUUACUACUCGAAGAAUACCACGACGUCCUGUACGCGGUACACUUCGGUAGCAAUAAGACGCUCACCGGUAUCGCCAAACACUACUACUGGCCCCACAUGGCAGAUGACGUACAUAAAUUUGUCACCUCGUGUGCUACAUGUCAACGGAUGAAGAGCAGCAAGCAGAAAAAGACGGGUCUACUACAGCCUCUUCCUGUCCUAGAACAGCUAGACUUCAUCACCGGGCUACCAACUACCACAAGCGGUCAUGACGCGAUCCUCGUCGUCAUUGACAAGUUCUCCAAAAUGGAACACUUCAUCCCGACACACACCACGGCACGCACCGAGGAGACAGCACAACUCUUUGUUCGCUACAUCAUCUCACAACAUGGCAUUCCAACCACACUCAUCUCCGACCGAAACCCUAAGUUCACCAGUAAAUUCUGGAAAGAACUGAUGUCGCUACUCGGAACCAAACUCCUGAUGUCAUCCGCAUACCAUCCGCAGACAGAUGGACAAACCAAGUGCCUCAACCAAAUUGUGGAGCAACUCCUCCGCGCAGCCUGCAAGGACGACGUCUCCAAAUGGGACCUGCAUCUGCCUGUCUUGGAGUUUGCCUACAACAAUGCUACUCACGCCGCUACUGGAUAGACGCCGUUCUUCCUCUGUUACG